AUGCAUUCCGCCGGCCUUGUCCCCCUUGUCGCCGCCGCCGCCGCCGUCUCGCUCGUCGCCGCCCAGCACGACGUCUCCGGCACCACCACCAAGACGGCCACCACCACUCGCUACCUGACCGUCGUCCAGUGCGACCCGGCCCUGGCUAACUGCCCGCUCUCAUCUUCGUCUAGCCUGGCCGUCCAGCCGACGCCCUAUCCUGCUGCGCCCAUCACCUCUGCUGUUCAGCCCUCAGCUCAGUCCUCUGUCGGCCCUUCUGCCCAGGCCCCCUCCUCUACUGAGGCUGCUUCUGCCGAGUCUCCAUCUGGCGACGCUCCCUCUACGGGGGCUCACUCCUCUGCCGCCGAGGCACCCUCCUCUGUCGCUGAGGCGCCUUCGUCCGCCGAGGCCUCCUCUCCAGCUGCCCCUCAGCCGCCUCCUUCUGCCCCCCCUGCCUCCUGGUCCAUGCCCAACUCGACCGCCAGCGCAGCUCCCAGUGGCACUGCCCCCCUCUCUUCCAUGGUCCCGGCAGAGCCCUCGGCCACCUCGUCGACCGAUGUCCCCCCAACCGUCCCUAAUAGUGCUGCCAGCGGCUUCCAGCCUGGACCCGCAGUCGCCGCCGCUGCCAUGGCCGCCGCUCUUGCUGCCGCUCUCUAG